UUCAUGCGGUCUGCGAUUUUUACUGUCGUCUUAAAACAAUUAAAUAGACACAGUUUUAAGCAGUUCCACGCACAGAAUUCAGUCAUGCCGACAGCUUUGGUCAUAUUGUCUGAAGGGGCGGAGGAAAUGGAAACUGUCAUCACCGUGGACGUCCUUAGAAGAGGAGGGAUUACAGUAACCCUUGCUGGCUUGACAGGUGCAGAUAAAGUGGUGUGUAGCCGUAAAGUUGAGAUUGUCCCAGAUGCAGCUCUUAGUGAUGCUGUUGCUAAAGGGCAAUAUGAUGUGGUUGUAUGUCCAGGCGGUGCAGGGGGAGCUAAAAACCUAGCAGAGUCUCAAGAAGUUGGAAAAAUUCUGCAAGAGCAAGAAAAAGGUGGACGUCUCAUAGCAGCUGUCUGUGCUGCUCCAAUCGCACUGGCAAGUCACAAAAUUGGGACAGGGAAGAAUGUUACAUCUCAUCCCAGUGUUAAGGACAAAUUAGGGGAUUAUAAAUACUCAGAAGAACGUGUUGUGCAAGAUGGAAAACUCAUCACAAGUCGCGGCCCAGGCACCUGCUUUGAAUUUGCUCUUAAAAUUGUUGAAAGCCUAGUGGGCGAGGAGAAGGCAAACUCACUGGUGGCCCCUAUGCUUGUAAAGAUGUGAACACUUACAUUAUAAAUGUAAACACACCUUUAUUAGAUAGAACAAAACUUUUCAUCAGAUCACUUGUUGAAAAAAAUGAUGUUGAUUCAAGUUAAUGUGCUUAUGAAGUGUUUACUCACAUAAAUAACAGUAACUGCAAGGUCAAUGUCAUUGGUGAUCCUAGCUUACAUCCUAACAAUUAGUCAUUUGCUAUAUGGUUGAUAGAUUUUAGGUGACAAGUGAAGAAAUUUUGCUGGUUGGACUUAAAAUGGCUGAGUAACUGAGUAUAACUGAAUAUUAAUGGCAUUGUUAAUAGGGCAUUUUUUCCAAUAUGCUGUUUGAAUGAAAAGGAAUCUCCAAUUAUGUACACUGAAAAACUGCUCACUGUAGUAUGGAUGGUUGAAGCAUUCAGACUUGUGCAAAUUUUAUGGUCUCCAGCCAUUUUUAGCUCACCUGAGUCAAACGCUCAUGGUGAGCUUUUGUGACUGCCCAAUGUCCGUUGUGCAUCGUGUGUCCGUCAACAUUUUAUAAAAAAAACCUUCUUCUUGAAAACCUCUAGGCAGAAUUACAGUAAAUUUCACGGGAAUGAUCCUUGGGCGGUCCUCUUUCAAAAUUAUUCAAAGAAUUUAAUUCCAUGCAGAACUCUUGUUGCCAUGGCAACCGAAAGGAAAAAGCUUUAAAAAUCUUCUUGUCCAAAACCGCAAGGCCUAGAUCCUGGAUAUUUGGCGUGCAACAUCAUCUUACCAUCCUCUAUCAAGAUUGUUCAGAUUGUGCCUCUGGGAUGAAAAAAGGCCCUGUCCCAGGGGUCUCAAGUUUUACAUUGACUUAUAUAGGAAAAACUUCUUGUCUAAAACCACAGGCCUUUGAUAUUUUGUAUGUAGCAUUGCCUUGUGGUCCUCUACCAAAAUUGUUCAAAUUAUGCCCCUUAGGUGAAAGGGGGGUCUCAAUUUUUACUUAGACGUAUAGGAAAAAAAAAUAAAAAUCUUCUUGCCUGAAACUGCAAGGCUUAGGAUUUUGAUAUUUAGUAUGUUGCCUUUCCUAGUGUUUCUCUACCAAAAUUGUUCAAAUUAUGUCCCUGGGGUGAAAAGAGGCCCUGCCCUGGGGGUACCAAGUUUAUGAUAGACUUAUAUAGGAAAGAAUUAAAGAUCUUCUUGUCUGAAAGUUCAAGGCCCAGACCUUUGAUAUAUUCAGUAUGUAGCAUUGGAUCUCUAACAAGUUUGUUCAAAUUAUGCACCUGGGACAAGAGGGUACCAAUAUUCUGAUACAGGAUUCUGUUUCGUAUAGUUUUGUUACUACUAGUUACAGCAAGGACAUUAAAGUAUAACAUGGCAUUUCAGAAGCAAUUCCAUUGUUAAACGAUUUAACUAUUUCAUCCACUCUUCAGCCAGAAUCAUUUCAAGUGAAGAUUAAUAUCAUCCAUUUUUAGCUCGACUAUUCGAAGAAUAAGUAGAGCUAUCCUACUCACCAUGACGUCGGUGUCGGCGUGGGCAUCGGCAUCACACCCUGGUUAAGUUUUUCGUACCAGUCCACUUUUUGACAAAGUCUUUUGAGAUAAAGCUUUGAAGCUUUCAACACUUGUUUACCAUCACUGUGUCCAGUUGUAGGCAAGAGUACAUAACUCUGUCAAGCAUUUUGACUGAAUUAUGGCCCCUUUUGACUUAGAAAUCUUGGUUAAGUUCUUUGUACCAGUUCCUAUUUUGACAAAGUCUUUUGAGAUAAAGCUUUGAAACUUUCAAUAAUUGUUUACCAUCACCAUAUCCAGUUAUAGGCAAGAGUAUGUAACUCCAUCUAGGUUUUUAGCUGAAUUAUAGCCCCUUUUUUACUUAGAAAUCUUAGUUAAGUUUUUCGUACCAGUCCACAUUUUGACAAAGUCUUUUGAGAUAAAGCUUUGAAACUUUCAACACUUGUUUACCAUCACUAUGUCCAGUUGUAGGCAAGAGUACAUAACUCUGUCAAGCAUUUUGACUGAAUUAUGGCCCCUUUUGACUUAGAAAUCUUGGUUAAGUUUUUCGUACCAGUUCAUAUUUUGACAAGGUCUUUUGAGAUAAAGCUUUGAAACUUUCAACACUUGUUUACCAUCACCAUGUCCAGUUAUAGGCAAGAGUAUGUAACUCUAUCUAGGAUUUUGGCUGAAUUAUAGCCCCUUUUUGACUUAGAAAUCUUGGUUAAGUUUUUCGUACCAGUCCACAUUUUGACAAAGUCUUUUGAGAUAAAGCUUUGAAACUUUCAACACUUGUUAACCAUUACCAUGUUCAGUUAUAGGCAAGAGUACAUAACUCCAUCAAGGAUUUUGACUGAGUUAUGGCCCCUUUUGACUGAAAUCUUGGUUAAAUUUUUUGUACCAGUUCAUAUUUUGUGUAGUGUUUGACAUAUGGCUUUGAAACUUUUAUAACUUGUUCAUUAAAAUAGUCUCUAUCAGUAGACAAGAGUACAUAACUCUGUCAUCAAGUUUGGCUGAAUUAUGGCCCUUUUUGGAUUUGGAAAUUGGUACAUGUCCACGUUUUGUCAAAAUUAUUUGACAUAUGGCUUUUAAGCUUUAAACAUUUGUUUAUCAUCGUGAUUUUCGUCUGUAGGCAAGAGUACAUAACUCUUGACAACUAUUUUGGCUGAAUUAUGGCCCUUUUUGAACUUUGAAAUUUGUUCAGGUUUUCUUACAAGUCUGCGUUUUCUCACAACUAAUUGAACUGUGGCUUUGAAACUUUUAACACUAGUUUAUCAACAUGAUUUCCAUAUGUAGGCGAGAGUACAUAACUCUGUCAACUUUUUUGACUGAAUUAUGGCCCUUUUUGGACUUAGAAAUUGGUUAAAUUUUUCAUACAAGUCCAUAUUUUGCCUAACAUAUAACAUAACAUUAUUUGCCAUCAUGGUCAGACAUUGCCAUUUAGUGCAAGACUUAUCAAAAUUCACAAGUACAGGAACAUUCGUGUUUAAUCUAUUAUUUCUUUAUUCUGAAAAUCUGUGGUAAUAUUUUGACCCCAUUCUUCAAUCAAUUUUUCGAAUAGUCGAGCGUGCUGUCAUCCGACAGCUCUUGUUAGCUCACCCGAGCAAGAAGUGCUCAAACGUGAGCUUUUUUGAUUGCCCUGUGUCCGUCAUCGUCCAUAGUCAACAAUUUGACUGUUAACACUCUAGACUAGAGGUCACAAUUUUGGCCCAAUCUUAAUGAAACUUGGUCAGAAUGUUACCCUCAAUAAAAUCUUGGACGAGUUUGAUUUUGGGUCAUCUGGGGUCAAAAACUAGGUCACCAGGUCAAAUCAAAGGAAAAGCUUGUUAACACUCUAGAGGUAACAAUUUUGGCCUGAUCCUAAUGAAACUUGGUCAGAAUGUUAACCUAAAUAAAAGCUUGGAUGAGUUUGAUAUUGGGUCAUCUGGGUUCAAAAACUAGGUCACCAGGUCAAAUGAAAAAGGAAAAGCUUGUUAACACUCUAGAGGUCACAAUAUUGGCCCAAUGUUAAUGAAACUUGGUCAGAAUGUUACCCUUAAUAAAGUCAUGGACGGAUUUGUUAUUGGGUCAUCUGGGGUCAAAAACUCGGUCACCAGGUCAAAUCAAAGGAAAAGCUUGUUAACACUGUAGAGGCCACAUUUUUGACUGUAUCUUCAUGAAACUGUGUCAGAAUGUUAAUCCUGAUGAUCUCAAGGUCCAGUUUGAAUCUGGGUCAUGUAGGAUCAAAAACUAGGUCGCCAGGUAAAUUCAAAGGAAAAGCUAGUUAACACUGUAGUGGCCACAUUUAUGACAUUAUCUUAAUGAAACAUGAUCAGAAUGUUAUUCUUGAUGAUCUAUAGGUCAAGUUCAAAUCUGGGUCAGGUGGGGUCAAAAACUAGGUCACUAGGUCAAAUCAAAGGAAAAGCUUGUUAACACUAGAGGCCACAUUUAUGACUUUAUCUUCAUGAAACUUAGUCAGAAUGUUAAUCUUGAUGAUCUUUAGGUCAAGUUCAAAUCUGGGUCUUGUCAGGUCAAAAACUAGGUCACCAGGUCAAAUCAAAGGAAAAGCUAGUUAACACUUUAGAGGCCACAUUUAUGACCAUAUCUUAAUGAAACUGGGUCAGAAUGCUAAUCUUGAUGAUCUGUAGGUCAAUAGGUCAGGUGAGCGAUACGGGGCCUUCAUGGCCCUCUUGUUUAUUAUCAGUAUAGCUUGCAUUAACUGAGAAAACAGCAGAUAUGACUGACAUAAUUGAGCCAUGCCAUGAGAAAACCAACAUGGUAUGUUUGCAACCAGCAUGGAUCCAGACCAGUCUGCACAUACGCGCAGUCUGAUCAGGAUCCAUGUUCGCUUUCAAAGCCUAUUGCAAUUAGAGAAACCGUUAGCGAACAGCAUGGAUCCUGACCAGACUGAACUGUGUUGGUUUUCUCAUGGCAAAGCUUGUUUCUAGAUGUUCAUUAUUCACUAUGGUUUUAUUACAUCUGUAUGUGAAGUGUGCCAGCAGAGAUUUAUUAUGAAUUCGAUGAUGCCAUAUGAUCAUGACCAUAUCUGUUUCUUUGUUUCUGAAGCAGUAUAAUUAUUUAGACUUCAUAUUAUGAAGUGUUAAAUCCAUGUAUACAGAUUAGAAAAAGUUUGGUGCAUUUUUAGCUCACCUGUCACAUAGUGACAAGGUGAGCUUUUGAUCACCCUUCGUCCGUCAUCUGUGCGUCCGUGCGAGCAUGGACAAUUUCUUGUCUGCACGAUAGAGGUUUCAUUUAUAAUUUUAUUUUAACCAAACUUGCACAUAACUUGUAUCACCAUAAAAUCUCGGUUCCUUUCUUGAACUUGCCAGAUCCCAUAAUAGGUUCCAGAGUUAUGGCCCCUGAAAGGACCAAAAUUAGCUUUUUUGACCUUGUCUGCACAAUAGCAGCUUCAUUUAUGAUUUGUUUUUACCAAACUUGCACACAACUUGUAUCACCAUAAGAUCUUGGUUCCUUUCUUGAACUAGCCAAAUUCCAUUAUGAGUUCGAGAGUUAUGGCCCCUGAAAGGGCCAGAAUUAGCUAUUUUAACCUUGUCUGCACAAUAGCAGCUUCAUUUAUGAUUUGAUUUUAACCAAACUUGCACACAACUUGUAUCACUACAAGAUCUUGGUUCCUUUCUUGAAGUGGCCAGAUUCCGUGAUAGGUUCCAGAGUUAUGCUAUUUUGGCUUUUGCAGCCAUAUAGAGACUUCAUUUAUGGUUUGAUUUGAUACAAACUUCCAGAAUAUCUUCAACAAUAAUAAAUCUUGGAUUCCAUGACGAAUCUGUCAGAUCCAAUCGUAGGUUCCAGAGUUAUUUUAUAUCUGAUUACCUCCCCUGAUUGUAAUCAAAAUGGAUUUAUAUCAGUAAGUACUUAUAGGACUUAUUUGAAAUUUCAUUAUUGUCAUUAGUUGGACUGAGACAAUCAGGGUAGAUAACUAUAGACAGAUUUUAUGUCAAAUUACCUCCCUUGUUUCAAAUAAUAAUGGGUGUAUCUCAGUAACCAAUGAAGGUACUGAUUUGAAAUGUCAUUUGUGCCAUCAUAUGGACUCAGACAAUCAGGGUAGAUAACUUUUGACUGAAUUUAUGACAAAUUACCUCCCUUUAUUUUAUGUAAACGAAUAUAUUUCAGCAGCAUCUAAUGAGAUUGGUUUUAAAUGUUAUGUAAGUCUUCCAGGGUAAGGAAUAGUCAUGUUAGUAAAAAAAUGCAGCAUUUGAGCCUAGGACCCUCAAACUUGGUAUGGAAAUUGGCCCUGACUAGGUCAAAAGCGACUGUUACAAGAAAAUGUUUAUCCUGAUGAUAUUUAAUGUAUAUGCCUAAGUUCUCUAUGUCAAAACUUGAUCAUAUCAUUUUGAGCAAUGGUACUCAGGUGAGCGAUACAGGGCCAUCAUGGCCCUCUUGUUGUUGCUUUUUUGUUUGCUUUUUUAUAUAAAAUAAAUCAGAAAUAAUAACAUU